AUGCCCCAAGGCCAUGGGAAAAGGCUGUCCUGCCCAUCCAAGACCAGCAUAAAAGCCGGCCCAGAGCCUCUCUCCCUCACACACUUCUCCUCAAGCCUUCUCCUUGUGCUCCUGCUGAAUACAGGCACCCUCCACACCACACCCAUGGCCUGCAACAGCCUCUGCCGUCCCUGCGGACCCACCCCGCUGGCCAACAGCUGCAACGAGCCCUGUGCCCUGCAAUGCCAGGAUUCCCGCGUCAUCAUCGACCCUUCCCCUGUGCUGGUCACCCUGCCAGGACCCAUCAUGAGCUCCUUCCCCCAGAACACCGCCGUCGGAUCCACCUCCUCGGCUGCCGUGGGCACUGAGCUCAGUGUGCAGGGACAGCCCAUCUCUGGUGGCUUUGGUGGCUUUGGGUAUGGCCUUGGCUAUGGCCGUGGAUUUGGCAACGGGCUGGGAGGCCUGGGCUGCUAUGGCAGAAGGGGCGGCUACAUCUGCUAA